AUGGUUCCUGUGGCACCAAAGAACGUGGCAGCUCGUAAUGCCAUCCGCCAGACAUGGGCAAAGGAGCCGUAUGUGCACGGGAAGAGGGUGCUGACAAUGUUCAUGCUGGGACAAGCUGGGGAAGACCCGCAGAGUCUUACUCAGGAGGACAAUGAACACCACGACCUCAUCCAGAGUGACUUUGUAGACUCUUACUUGAACCUGACUAUCAAGACUAUGGUCAUCAUGCAUUGGGUGUCCACGCACUGCGCCAACAGCACCUUCGCAAUGAAGGUUGACUCUGACAUGUUUCUAAAUGUGGAGAAUCUUGUGGAUAUGCUGAAAUUGCCUCAAAUACCAACAAUCAACUACUUAACAGGAAGGGUGAUGAGGGACAUCCGUGUCAUCCGUGCCAAACACUCCAAAUGGUACGUUCCAGAGGAGCUGUACCCAGAGCCAAAGUACCCCCUCUACUGCUUAGGGAUGGGCUACAUCUUAUCCAGCGACCUCCCAGUUCGAUUAGUGGAGGUGUCCAAAGAGAUCACACCUUUUAACAUUGAGGACGCAUACAUAGGGAUGUGUAUGAAGAAGCUAGGCCUGAGUCCGACUGCUCCGCCCCAGCCUGGACAGUUUCAGGCUUACAACUCCAAGUAUGACCGCUGCAGGUUCUCCCAGGUCAUAACCUACAUCCUGGGCUCCUCACAGCAGCUGCUACAGUACUGGGACGAUUUGAAGAAGCCCGACCCACCCUGUCCCCAGUGA